AUGCGCCAUUAUGGACAAUUAGGAGAAGGGCAUAAUUGCAUAAUAGCUAGAAAUAAAGUAUCUCACCCAAUCGGCACCUUUUAUAAGUUCUUCAUGAGUUUUUUCUUUGCCAUUGAUGAAAUCAACAAGGAUCCCACCAUAUUACCCAAUAUUACCCUGGGAUAUCACAUUUAUGAUUCUUGCGCAAAUGCUAAUAAAGCUACACUGAGUGUGAUGCAAAUAUUAACCGGAUCAAAUACAGCAGUUCCUAAUUACUCCUGUAGGGGGCACGACAAGCUGGCAGGGGUAAUUGGUGAUUUAUCCUCUGAGACAACUGCACAAAUAGCAAAUGUCCUGGGAAUAUAUGGAUACCCACAGAUCAGUUAUGGAGCUACAAACCUGGUUCUAAGCAACAGUGAUAUUUAUCCAUCACUUUUUCGGACACAUCAAGACGACAUAACUCAUUAUUCUGCUAUUGCUAAGCUCCUGGAGUAUUUUGGAUGGACCUGGAUUGGGGUAAUUGCCUCUGAGCUGGAUAGUGGUGAGAAAGAGACUGAGGAACUGAUUAAACAAACCAGUAGAAGAGGUAUCUGUAUUGAGUACAUAUUUAAGGUAAAUGACCAAACCUAUGACUUUAAUGACAAAAAUAUCAAAACUUUUAUUGAGAUAAUUCAACAUUCAAUGUCUUCAGUAAUUGUUUAUUGUGGAACACUCUCAGGAUCCUUUAUUAGUUUUUUGUUGCGUGUUUCUAAACAUCUCUUUAAUAAGACUUUAAUUUUAUUACCAUCUUCAUCUAUAACACAGGAACUCCUACUAGCGUACAAAAGAACAUUUAAUAACAGUUUACUCUUAGAAGUAAUUAGACUGAGUAUUCCAGAGAUGGAAGAUAUAAUUAAAGAUGUCAGUCCAUCAAAUUAUCCUAAUGACUUGCUGGUUUUAGAUCUAUGGGUAUUAACUUUCAAAUGUUCUUCAACUAAAUCAAAUAAUGAAUUUUAUCAGUUAGUUUACAACCAACCUCUAAGAAACUGUACCGGCAAUGAACACAUUCCUCUACUGUAUAAAGACACAUCAUACCUUGUGUAUAAUGCAGUGUACUCUUUGGCUCACGCUCUACACAAAAUGCAUCGAGAUAGCACAGAAUAUUUUCCUGGAAAGAAUGUAUCUGGAUACAGUAGGAAACAGUUUCCACAUUCUCAGUGUUCAACAGAGUGUCAACCUGGUCAAAGAAAAGCCCUGAUACGAGGACAGCCUUCCUGCUGCUAUAUCUGUGUCCCAUGUGCAGAGGGGGAGGUCUCCAAUAUCACUGAUAGCGAAAAUUGUCAAAAAUGCCCAGAUGAUCAAUGGCCUAAUGAGAAAAAGGAUUCAUGUGUUCUUAAGAUUAUAGAAUUUUUGUCGUAUAAAAAAGAUAUUACAGCCAUUUUCUUAUCAUUUAUGUCAGUUUCUUUGGUUUUAUUAACUAUCCUUGUUUUUGGAAUUUUUAUCUUCUUCUUUGAUACCCCUAUCAUCAAAGCUAAUAACCGUAAUCUCAGCUUCAUUCUGCUUACCUCCAUCAUGCUGAGCUACCUUUGUGUGUUUUUGUUCCUUGGCCGUCCUGUGGAUAUAACUUGUAUGCUCCGUCAGAUCUCCUUUGGAAUCAUCUUCUCAGUAGCUGUAUCUUCUUUGUUGGCCAAGACUAUCAUGGUUGGCGUUGCUUUCAAAGCUACCAAACCUGGCAGCAGCUGGAGAAAAUGGCUGAACUCCAAACUGUCCAACUCUGUAGUUAUAAUUUUGUCAUCUACACAGGUUAUAAUUUGUGUGAUUUGGUUGACAAUUUCUCCACCUUUCCAGGAGUAUAACAUGCACUCUGAGCCUGGAAAGAUCAUCAUACAAUGUAAUGAGGGAUCUACACUUGCUUUUUACUCCGUCCUGGGAUAUAUGUUUCUUCUGGCAGCUGCUAGUUUCAUCACAGCUUUCUAUACCAGGACUUUACCGGACAGCUUUAAUGAAGCAAAGUUCAUCACCUUCAGCAUGUUGGUGUUCUGCAGUGUGUGGAUUGCCAUGAUCCCGGCAUAUCUCAGCACAAAGGGAAAACAGAUGGUGGCUGUAGAGAUAUUUGCCAUACUGGCGUCUAAUACUGGACUUCUAGGCUGUAUAUUUUUACCAAAAUGUUUCAUUAUCAUAUUUAGACCUGAAAUUAACACAAAAACUUAUUUGCUUGACAGAAACAAAAAGUAA